GUCCCCCCAAGCGCUUCCCGGUGGCAGCGGUGGAUGAUAUCCUGAAGGAUGUGCUGGGGAGCUACCUGAGGGAGCAGCCCUACGAGCCGGCCCGGUGCAGGGACAUGGCGAAGGACAUCGCUGAGGUUAUUAAAGCUCGGGUAAAAGACCUUAUGAUACCAAGGUACAAGAUCGUUGUGGUGACACAUAUUGGGCAGCUGAAUGAGCAGAGCAUGCAAAUCGGAAGCAGGUGCCUGUGGGACCCUGCGAGUGAUACAUUUUCAUCGUAUGUGUUCAAGAACACUUCACUGUUUGCUCUUGCAAAUGUCUAUGCUGUCUAUUUUGAAUAA